UGCCUGACGCCGCUGACCUCUGACAGCAAACACGGGAGCAGCAUGGCGUCAAACAGCAGCAACAACAACGCUCAGCACAGACUCAGGAUCAUAGCCGGACAUUUGCAGAAACGGCCGGAGGUUGAAAACACGGGUAUCGCUGCUCAGGAUUGCAAAGCCGAGACGCCCAGAUCCACCCAGAGCGGACUGACACCGGUGCCGAAGAGAAGGCAGGAGAUCAUGAAGUGGAAUGGCUGGGGUUACAGUGACUCCCGGUUCUUGUUUAACAAGAAAGGUCAAGCAGAGUUCACAGGGAAAAGGUAUCGGUUGAGUGGGCUGAUUCUGCCGAGUUUGAAGGACUGGUUUGAGGGCACUUUUGGAGCUAAUUUACAACAUAAAUCUCCUGCUUCACCCACACUGAAUUUAAAUGCAGUCGCACCUCCUAACCUGAAUGAGCCGUUCAUGGAGGAUCUGAAGGCAGCGGGUGUGGCCGUGUCACAUGAUCCAGAGGAUCGGGUUUUCAGAGCUCAUGGACACUGCCUGCAUGAAAUCUUUGCCCUGCGUGAGGGGAGGAUAGGACGGGUGCCGGACAUGGUGGUUUGGCCGAGCUGUCACAAUGAUGUGGAGAAGAUUGUGGAGCUGGCCUGUAAACACAAUGCCUGCUUGAUACCAUACGGAGGUGGUACGAGUGUGUCCAGCGCUCUAGAGUGCCCCCAUGAGGAGACUCGCUCUAUUGUGUCUUUGGACACAUCUCAGAUGAACCGAAUAUUGUGGAUUGAUGAGAAAAAUCUAACAGCUCAUGUGGAGGCUGGAAUCAUUGGACAGGAUCUAGAGAGACAGUUGAAUGAGCAUGGUUACUGUACUGGUCAUGAGCCGGACUCCAUGGAGUUCAGUUCUUUGGGUGGAUGGGUGGCGACGAGGGCAUCGGGCAUGAAGAAGAACAUAUACGGUAACAUCGAGGAUCUGGUGGUGCAUAUAAAGAUGGUGACCCCUAGAGGAGUGAUUGAGAAGAGCUGUCUGGGGCCACGCAUGUCCACUGGGCCUGACAUACAUCACUUCAUACUGGGCUCAGAGGGAACACUGGGAGUGGUGACUGAAGUUACGAUGAAGAUCCGGCCCAUCCCUGAAUAUCAGAAAUAUGGCUCUGUGGUCUUCCCAAACUUCCAGCAGGGUGUGGCGUGUCUGAGAGAGGUGGCCAGACAGAGAUGUGCUCCAGCAUCUAUUCGGCUAAUGGACAACGAACAGUUUCAGUUCGGUCAUGCACUCAAGCCACAAGUGUCCUCCAUAUUCACAUCAUUUUUAGACGGCUUGAAAAAAUUCUACAUCACAAAGUUUAAAGGAUUUGACCCGCACCACCUGUGUGUCGCCACGCUGUUGUUUGAGGGGAAUCGUGGGAAGGUUUUGCAGCACGAGAAACAGGUCUACGACAUUGCUGCCAAAUUCGGGGGUCUGGCAGCAGGAGAGGAUAAUGGUCAGAGGGGUUACAUGCUGACGUUUGUGAUCGCAUAUCUGCGGGAUUUGGGAAUGGACUACUAUGUGAUCGGCGAGUCGUUUGAGACGUCUGUGCCUUGGGACAGGGUUUUGGACUUGUGUAGGAACGUGAAGGAGAGGAUUGUGAGGGAGUGUAAAGAGAGAGGAGUACAGUUUCCUCCACUGUCCACAUGCAGAGUUACGCAGACAUAUGACGUCGGUGCUUGUGUGUACUUUUAUUUUGCCUUUAAUUACCGAGGUCUGAGUGAUCCAGUUCACGUCUAUGCAAAAGUGGAGCAUGCAGCACGGGAGGAGAUUCUAGCCAACGGAGGAAGCCUGUCUCACCACCAUGGAGUGGGGAAACUCCGGAAGGAAUGGAUGAAGGAGAGCGUGUCCGGCGUGGGUCUCGGCAUGCUGAAGUCAGUGAAGGAGUACGUCGACCCUCAGAACAUUUUUGGGAACAGAAACCUGUUGUAAUUCUUCUCCAAACUCUGGAUUCAUGUUUUCUAUGAGCAUCUUGUCCUGUUUCAUUUAAACGUCAUAUUCUUGUUUUUCAUCUUGGUGUGUGCAGAGUAAUAUGAUAAACCAAUCCUCUGUUUCCCUUUAACACGGUCCUCUUGUGUUAUUAACACAUUUAAAGGAAUAGGUCACCCAAAAAUUUACGCACCCUAAUAUUGUUACAAACUUGUACGCUGUUAUUUUGUCAGUGGAACACAAAAGUAGAAAUUUUGGAAGAAUCGUGACACAAAAUCUUCACUUUGGCAGAAGUUCACAAAGCUAGUGUAUGUCUUCAGAAGACUUGGAAUACAAUGCACAAAUCAUAUGGACUUCUUUUAUGAUACGUUUAUGGCGCUUUGUUGCUGUUUUUCCUGUCUUUUUUGGAGCUUGACAGACGUGGUCACUAUGAACUGUCGUUGUAUGGCAAGAGCUGCGUAACAAUUCUACAAAUUUUUCUCCUUUUGUGUUCUGUGUAAAAAAACAACAACAGCAUACAGGUUUGGAAUGACAUAAGGGUAAGUACUGACAUAAUUUUCAUUUUUAAGUCGUCAUGCCAAUCAGACUGCCUCAUCAUUAACACAUGAUGUCAUUUCUCUCUGGUCUUCCCAUUGUUCAUUUGUUGUAACAGGAUUUUUAUACUCGAGUGUCUGGAUGUUUCUGUGUCUGCCACUGCUGUGUUAAUUAUGUUAGCAGUGACUGAAAUCAGUUUUUAAAAGCAGCGUGCCUUCUGUCUGUCUCUGUCUGUCUGUCUGUCCUAUACUCCUCUGUCUGAGUGACUCGUUGGUACAUUUACUGUGUGGUCUUCUCUCUUCCUUACUGUACUUUUGUCUUUUCUAUUCAUCAGUCCAAAGUGUUUCUCAUAAACAGUGCAUAUUGUUUUUUGGGUGAAUCUCAUGGAAAACUGUCCAGGUCAUAUUUCAAUUUUCCUAAAAAAAUAAACAAUAUGUUGCAUAAAGAAAAUGACACAUUUAAUACUAAUAUUUAAUAUUAAUAUUAAAUUAGCGAAUGAAAUAAAGUUAAACAAAUACUACCAUUAUGUAUACAUGCAAUUGUGCUUUACAAAUGUUCUUAAUUUAAAUAAUACAUCAUUCUCACACGGUAAUGACCAUGAUAUUUCACAUUACUGUAAAAUUUUAUACUGAGAACUGGGCAGAAAAAAACUUGGUCCAAUAAGGCUUCAUUUUGUUAAUUAUCUCAUUUUUUCUUCUUUUAAUUUUAAGGUGAAAAAUGACUGACAUGUAUGAUGUAAAGUUGAUAUCAUUAGAGCUUUAAUUGGAAAAAAGCAAAAAGAGUGUAAUUUGAUGUUGGGGGAAAAAAAAAAAAUGUUGAUAAUUUUUAUAUUGUCCUCCCACGUCAUUCUCGAAUUUCAAGACCACCGCUUGAAUAAUAAAAAUCAUUUUAAGGAGAUUAGUUUACACAAAAUAUUUCAAAUAUUUAAAAUGGAAAAAUAAAUAAAUAAAUAUAUAAUUAAAUAAAUAAAUGUACAUUUAAAAGUUAAUCACAUCAAAUUACUAAAUUUGGCAUUUUCAAAUUCAAGCUCUGAUGAUAUCGAUUUGACGCUGUAGUCAUGUUCUUCAUCAAUUCUGUGAGAUUCACUCUUUUGAGGUGCCUCAGUUUGGGCAUCGAUCAAGGUCUGUUGAAAAAUCAUCCUAUUAGUAUUGGGUUGAAGACAGUUGUGUGCUUGGUCAUGUGUGUAUUCAGCCGUCUUAGAACAUGUUGCCUGACAGGUUUUAGUUUGAGUGAAUUUUGUUUGAUCAUUUGAGUAAUCUUUAUGUACUCUGUCCUUGUGUUUCUACCAAAGACUGUCAGCAUCUCUUCAAAGGCAGACUGCUUCAGCCUCACACACAUUUGUACAUCCUGUAUAUAACAUGAUACCAUGCUUGAGUGUACGAUCGCUGAGCUUCAUCACGAUAAAUAGUAUUUUUUUAACACAACAUAUGCAAAAAGCCAGAGAUGAUCUGAACUUGGAUCUAAAACAUGAUUUGUGACUGUUAUAUUUGAUUUGUAGGCAUUCAAUGAAAUAUGAGUGAGACUAAACUGUCAGAAUUUGUCAUCUCAAUUAGUGCAUCUUUUAAAACGAAUGCAUCAUAGUUCAAGUAUUUGAUACCCCGAUUAAAGUUGUAAAGACCCAAACUGCUGUAGAAGGUGAAAGAGAGAUGCAACAGUUCUUCAAAUGUGGAAUAACGGAUUAUUUACUGUCUUUAACUCACUUAUAAAAUGCCACAGUGCGUGUGUGUGUGUCCCAUUUAACAGGGUGUCAACGUCUGCUUUACUACAGUGGCACUUUGCAGGGCUUUUAGUUUCAUAAACCCUGCACACUGCUGAGACGCCAACGUUCAGCCCUGUCAAACAGGGCUUUGAUAUUCAACAGAGCUUUUUCACAGGUUUCUCAAAUUACACUAUCAUUUAUAAAGUGUCAUAAGAGCUUUAUAAUGUGUUUUAUGAAUCCAUCUUCAUUACUGAGCUAUUUUGUGUUGCUGAAACGCAAAAUGAAGGAUCCAGAGGAGGUUCGUUUGUCCCUCUAAAUGAGUCCUGAACAGUUUCAUCAUCAACCCUCUCAUAGUUCUCUAAAAGAAAAGCUGGAGGGGAAAAAAAACCAGUAUAUUAACAGAUUCAAAUAUGAAUAUUAUGUAAGUUACCCUUGUCUUUUCAUGUGUUUUAAUAUCAGAGUACAUUUGGUCAAAGCUGUUCGUGCAAUAAAUUAAUAUGUUGAACAUUUUA